AAAUAUUGGCGGGAGACUCUAAUAAAGCCCUCGAAUUGUUUCUAUUAUGAGAUUAUGAGUAUUAACCCCUCCCCUCUCCCCGCGUCCCACCUCCCACACAUUCUCUCUCGCUCGAGUUUGAAUGAUGUUCUCCAGUAGCCAGUUCGACGCCGUAUCUGCCUUUCCCGGCGGCGGAUCCAUUCUCUCUCAGCAAUCUCAGCCAACUGAUUCGCCGUUCUCGUCGGCAAAAAGUCGCGAAACUCAGGGCUUGGUUCCAGUGACAGUGAAGCAAAUAAGUGAAGCUUCUCAGUAUGGCGAUGAAAAAUCAAAUUUUGUAAUCAACGGCGUGGACGUUGCAAAUGUCACGGUGGUUGGGAUGGUGUUUGAUAAAGCUGGAAGGAACACGGAUAUUGGUUUCAGUAUUGACGAUGGAACAGGACGGAUUGGAUGUAGAAGAUGGAUGAAUGAGAAUUUUGACACAAUAGAAAUGGAGGAAAUACUAGAUGGAAUGUAUGUUCGUGUUAAUGGACACUUGAAAAGCUUUAAAGGCGUUAAGCAAUUAGUUGCUUUCUCUGUCAGGCCUGUAACAAACUUCGAUGAGGUUACCUUCCAUUUUAUUGACUGCAUACAUAACUACUUGCAGUCCAAAUCACAGCUGCAAGGAGUUACCCCAACCCAGACGCAGCCAGUGGAUACAUCUCUCAGUCCUUCAGUGAAGAGUGCAUCAAGUGGAUAUCAGACAGCCCCAUCUAGUCAAUUCUCUGGGCAAUCCAGCAAUAUUGAUGGGGUCAAGAGCUGUGAUCAAUUGGUCCUUGAUUAUUUGCAGCAGCCUGCAAGCAUUGGACAGGAAAAGGGGGUACAUAGGGAUGAACUUUCACGGCAGCUAAAAAUUCCUGUGGAGAAGAUCAUGGAAUCUAUUAGGUCUCUUGAAGAGGAGGGUUUGAUAUACUCCACCAUCGACGAGUUUCACUACAAGUCAACUCAAUGUGGUUGAUACGCUUUGAGGAAUUGCUAGGGUUUGGUGUUAGGAGUUAGGGCCAUACAUAAUGAGU